GAGCAACUCUCUCAUGAAGAGCAUCUUUGCUUCCCAGCUCAGCCUGCCACAGCCGCUGGAUCCACAGAGCCUCCAGCUAUGCCUCUGUAGGCUGAGUGACCGUGACCUCAAGGUGGCUCAUGGAGAGGUGGCGCGCAAGCAGCUGCUAAUGGAAGAUGUCCUUCUGAGUAACUAUCAUAUGAUCAUGGAGGGUCCCCCAGGAUGGCAGGCCAUGACAAAAAUACGCAGCUUUCAGCCAGAUUUGUCCAGAGUGCAAGGAUUCAGAAGUCGGUUCCAAAGCAGCCCAAAGACCUCCAGGCUGCUGGGGGGCCCAUGUGAUGCAGUGAUGUCCCUUGCUUUGCUGAGAUCAUUUCUGGUGCUCUGGAAGCAACUGGAAGUGCUAAAGGAGCACUGGGGCCGACUCAAGCUGCGAGGCCAGGACAUCAAUUCUCCCUCUCUCCACAAACAGUUCUCGGAACUCUAUGGAACUGACGUUCUCUACCCUAGCAUGAAAGCUAUAGCUAGGCAGAUAGGGAAAGAAGAUGAAUUUGAAGGACUUAUAAUAAGUAGUAAGUCUACUCUUCCCUCUAAAGGAGCUUCAGAAAUUGAAAUAAAAACUCAGCAGCUUCAGAAACUUCUGGAAAAUCUUGAAAUUCAUAUGAUCCAGGAGGUAUUAGUUAACAGAGAGAUAACACUGGUUGUAUCAGAAAAGUCCAAGGAGCAGCAUACUCUCCCUAUAGACCUUUGGAAACACCAAGUCAUGAGAGAAAACUUUUCAGUUAUCAGACCACAAAUAGUUGAAAAUUUUGUACAGAGAUUACUGGAGAAUUACCAGGAUGGUGGACUAGAGAUCACUUUCAGGAAAGACCACCUUGAGGCCUGCCUCCUUUCCCUGGGUUGUGACGUGAUGGCCAGAGAAUGCAGCAACUUCGAGAGCUACUCCAUGUGUUAUGAGCAUGUAUUGGAGCAUGCUAGGCAGAAGCUCUGCCAGAAAGAGCAAGAAUUAGACGUUAUAUGAAGAGGUCAGAGUCCACCUGAAGAUAAGGCUUGUCAGAUUGCAGAGCUCAGUCACAAUAUGAUCAUGGAAGUCACUGCCCAGAGAACUCGACUCACGGAUUUGGAGGAGGAGACACUGGAUCUCAAAAAGCAAAUUCAAAAAGGAGUCCAAGAAGAAUAUGAAGCAUUAGUUCAAGCUUUGUUUGUGACAUGUUUGCACAUCAAAGAGAAGCUGGAUGAGAAUCAGCUUAAUUUGAUCCAGAAAGUGUGUGAGCUCAUCGGUGAAGUAAGAACAGAAGGGACUGACAAUACGAAAGAAAGGCUAAAGAAGAAAUGGGGCUCCGCCAGACCUGACGAAGAAAUAAAAGAAAAUCCAGCCAUAAAGCAGCUGCUGGCCUUGGAGCAGGACAACUGCAGCCUGGCCGCCCUGGUGUGCAAAAUGAGGAGCCUGGGCCACUGGAGGCUGGCGGUGCAGCAGGAGCACUUCCGGGGCCAGCUGAGCAGGGCUGAGAAGGAAGCUAUGCAAAGUAAAAAAGAGUGUUUGAACAUCAAACUAAUGGCAGAACAAGAAGUGCUUUUAUUUUGUCAACAGCUAUUGGCUCUAAGGCAGGCCCUGGCCAGGGCUCAGGCAGACAACGUGAGGAUAUGCAAGCAGCAGGAGAGCCAGGCGCAAUUGCUGAAAGAAUUAGAACACAGAGUGACCCAGGAAGCUCUCCACCGGCAGCAGCUGGAUUUAAUGAAAACCUCUAGCAUGGAGAAGCUUUUGGAGGAUGUGGAGCAAAAAGAACAGCACCUGCAGCUCCUUACUGAAGAGGCCAAGAGGGCUUCUAAACUGGGCCAGCUCCAGCAGAAGAAAAUUCAGAGAGAACUCCGAUAGAUGAGAAUCUGGCUUGCCCACGAGCGUAGCGUGGAGCUGGAUGCUUUCCAGUGGGUGGAAGAGCUACAAAGUCAGCUUAGUGACACUGAGAGAUCCUCUGCCCAGAGGAGCUCACCAGGCGGCCUUAUAUCCCAGGCUCACUACGCCCUAAGUUCUGCUUCCACAUCAUCCAGAUACAGCCAGCAACACCUUUUAAAGACUCAUCUCAUGGGCAGUAAAAUAACAAGAAGGAUUCAAAGGCCAAAGACUGUACCUAUUAAACACAAAAAAAGAAUUGACCAUGUCUUCCUACCCAAUGUGGCAGAAAAUGUUCAACUUUCAGGUUUUCAAGUUAAAAUGGCUCCAUCCAGAAUCCCAUUCAGACCUGACUGGUAA